AUGUCAGAGAAACAACUACCAUCACAUAACAAGAUAACUUUACCACCGCAGGAAAUUAUUGAUUUAUUUAAAGUAACAUUUAGUAAUGAACUAUAUGUAACUGAUUUUAACCAAUUACUUGAACAAAUACAAAAGGUUAAAACAGAGCUAUACAAUAGGGAAUAUAUCGAAGCAUUUAAUGAGGAUUGGAAAAGAGUUGCAUAUUGUUGCAGAUGGACACCAUCUAGAGCUAUUAGUUAUGCAUCACUAUUGAGUCAUUUCCCAGAAAUAGUUGAUAUCAUCACCAAGAGUAAUGAAAGUAAUAACAACAACAAUAAUAAUGGAUCUAAGAUCUUAUGUGUUGGUGGAGGUGCAGGUGCAGAGUUAAUUGCAAUUACUAGUAUUUUUACUCCAUUCAUUCACACAAAAAAGAAAAAAAAUAUUGACAAUGAUAGCAAGAAUACAUUAUUAGAAGUCACAUUGAUAGAUAUUGCCAAUUGGGACCAUGUAAUUAAAAGGAUUAUGGAUCAAGUGAAGGAAAAAUGGUUGUAUAAUAAUAUUUGGAAAACAUAUAAAGUGAAUUUUUUAAAUCAUGAUAUCUUAAGAUCAAUCGACGAUGAAGAUGUGAAAAAUGCUACUUCUUUGAAAAAAUUAAAUCUAAUCACAAUGCUAUUUACUACCAACGAGUUAUUCAAAGAAGAUCGUGCGAGAAGCAUACGUUUUUUACAAAGACUAAAUCAACAAUGUCAACAAGGAUGUUAUUUACUUAUUUUAGAGAGUGCAGGCAGUUAUUCUCAUAUUACUGUUGGGAGUAAGAAAUUCCCGAUACAAUUUUUAAUAGAUACUAUAUUAAUUGGGGCUCGGGGAAAAGGUAUAGAAGGAUGUUGGGAACUAAUUUCACAAAAUGAUAGUAUUUGGUAUAGAUGUGACAACACCUUAGAUUAUCCGAUACGAUUAGAAAAUAUGAGAUUCUUUUAUAGAUUAUAUAGAAAGAAAUAA